CCCGUGUUACUGGGUAGAACAAAACAAAAACAAACAGAGCGAGAGGGGCCAGAGGCGCUCUGAGGCGGCUGCGGCGGAGGCUGAGGAGCAGAGUCCUGUGGGUCGGAGACCCGGGCGAGCGUCGGUGGCGGCGGCGGCGGCGGCGAGGCGGGGGCGGCCGGAGGAGAUUUUAAAGGAGGACUUCCAUUUCAUAAUUUUUGUAUAAUCAGUGCAAGUGAAAUUAAGGAAAAAUGGAUGUAGAAAAUGAGCAGAUCCUGAAUAUAAAUCCUGCUGAUCCUGAUAAUUUAAGCGACUCUCUCUUUUCUGGUGAUGAAGAAAAUGCUGGCACUGAGGAAAUAAAGAAUGAAAUAAAUGGAAAUUGGAUUUCCGCAUCUUCUAUUAAUGAAGCUAGAAUUAAUGCUAAGGCAAAACGACGGCUACGGAAAAACUCAUCGCGGGACUCGGGCAGAGGCGAUUCAGUCAGUGAUAAUGGAAGUGAAGCAAUCAGAAGCGGAGUAACUGUGCCCACCAGUCCAAAAGGAAGGUUGCUAGAUAGGCGUUCCAGAUCUGGGAAAGGAAGGGGGCUGCCAAAGAAAGGUGGUGCAGGAGGCAAGGGUGUCUGGGGCACACCUGGUCAGGUGUAUGAUGUGGAGGAGGUGGAUGUGAGAGACCCGAACUACGAUGAUGACCAGGAGAACUGCGUUUAUGAAACUGUGGUUUUGCCUCUGGAUGAGACUGCGUUUGAGAAGACGUUGACACCGAUCAUACAGGAAUACUUUGAGCAUGGAGACACGAAUGAAGUCGCGGAAAUGUUAAGAGAUUUAAACCUUGGUGAAAUGAAAAGUGGAGUGCCGGUGUUGGCAGUGUCCUUAGCAUUGGAGGGGAAGGCCAGUCAUCGAGAAAUGACAUCGAAGCUACUUUCUGACCUUUGUGGUACAGUAAUGAGCACAAAUGAUGUGGAGAAGUCAUUUGAUAAGUUGUUGAAGGAUCUGCCUGAAUUAGCAUUGGACACUCCUAGAGCACCACAGUUGGUGGGCCAGUUCAUUGCCAGAGCUGUUGGAGAUGGAAUUUUAUGUAAUACCUAUAUUGAUAGUUACAAAGGAACUGUAGAUUGUGUACAGGCUAGAGCUGCUUUGGAUAAAGCUACUGUGCUUCUGAGUAUGUCUAAAGGUGGAAAGCGCAAAGACAGCCUGUGGGGAUCUGGAGGCGGGCAGCAGUCUGUCAAUCACCUUGUUAAAGAGAUUGAUAUGCUACUUAAAGAGUACUUACUCUCUGGAGACAUCUCUGAAGCUGAACACUGCCUUAAGGAACUGGAAGUACCUCAUUUUCACCACGAGCUUGUGUAUGAAGCCAUUGUAAUGGUUUUAGAGUCAACUAGAGAAAGUGCAUUCAAGAUGAUCUUAGAUUUAUUACAAUCCUUGUGGAAGUCUUCUACCAUUACCAUAGACCAAAUGAAAAGAGGUUAUGAGAGAAUUUACAAUGAAAUUCCAGAUAUCAAUCUGGAUGUUCCACACUCAUACUCUGUGCUGGAGAGAUUUGUGGAGGAAUGUUUUCAGGCUGGAAUCAUUUCCAAACAAGUCCGAGAUCUUUGUCCAUCAAGGGGAAGAAAGCGUUUUGUAAGUGAAGGAGAUGGAGGUCGUCUUAAACCAGAGAGCUACUGAAGGCAGAGCUCUUACAGUCUUAGCUGGGAUAGCGGCAGAUCUGAACUGGACAGUAGAUGAUAUAAGGAGUAGGCCAGGAAAGCAACUCUUCUCUAAAUGGAGUGUGAGGUAAGUAUACCAUGCAAUUUCCUUAGAAUGCACAGCCCCAAAUACAUUUUUCCUUUCUAUUUAGGCCCGAAACUUAAUACUCAAGUCUUUUUCUUCAAUGUUGGGUGGAAGACUGAUAGCAGUGCAUAUCCCUAAUUAAAUCAAUAUAGCUACUGAGCACCCUCGUAUCUCCAUUAAAAACAUCACAAUGAAAAUCCCGUGCCUGCAUCAGAUCUGACAUGCCACUGAAAAGGAUGGGCAUUACUGAUUGAGAAAAGUAAAGCACAGUAACUAGUUUCCUACAUACAAGCAAGAUGCUGCCUAUCAUGGUAGGUUAAGUUUUAGCUGUUUACAGAAAGAGCAACUCUAGCUUUGUAUAAUUAAAUCACUACUCUUUGUUUUCCUUUGGUUUUUACCUCUUACACAUCCAAAAUACAAGAGGAAAACAAUGAUACUUGGUGUUCAUCUGUUUGACUGAGCCAUUGUUAGUGGAAAGGGUGUGGGGCUAAAGGACUGGCAAAGAAUGUGUUGACACUGGUGAGGGUAACAUCAGUGCCCUCGUUUGCUUAGGCGGUUUCUGCUUUAGUAGGACUGAUUCUUGUUCUAGGCCCCUUAGGCCUUGACAGGAGAGAAACAGGAAGGGAAGGGCUAAAAUAAGCAAGGUGGAGAUCUAAUGGCUAGCGUUGGCCAGGAUAUGCACUUUGGAUAAUUGCCCUGGGAGUCUAGAGUAAGAAGGAACAUUCUUUUCUUUCUUUUUUCUCAUAGCAGUCUGCUACUCGCCAAACACAAGUGUUUUGUAGGGUGUAGUGAUUUCUAAGGAGUUGUGGCUACUUCUAAGCAGAGUAUCAAUGCAGAUGGGAUACAAAACCAGAGAUGGAUGGAUCAAAAAAGAAAAACAUAUAUUACUGAAAUGUGUAUUGGAAAACUGCCAUGAGGGCCUACCAUAUGCCAGACAGUGUUCAUCAGUGAACAAAAAAAUCUUUUGCCUUUUGGAGCCUACAGCUAGGGAUAAGGGAAGAGAAACAACAGAAAGUAGCUUAGUACAGAUAGAAGUUUAAAUUGAAUGCUGGAAGACGGUAAUCCAAUUGUAAUAGGAAAAUCAUUAGGAUGACACUUUAAGCAAAGACUGUUUUUAUAUGUGUAAGUUUAUGUGCUACACUUUGGAAAUGUGGACAAAUCAAAAAGCCUGUUAACUUCCACAGCGAAAGAAGGCUUAUGGAAAUGAGCACCCUCUUUCAAUUUUUUUUUUACAGAGCUACUUUGCUUUAUCUACUAAAACCAAGUAUUUGACCUCAGAGCUAUCAUACUUAUGAAACUACAGCAGAUGUUUAUGAGUCGGGAUGGCCACUCAGCAUUGCAUUAAAAAUGACAUUGACGAGCAACAUGUUCAGCAAUACUGAGCCCACUUGUUCACCAACUGGCCAAGAGAUAAAUUAUGGGUUAUGCACAGACUAGAAUGCUAUCUCAGACUAAAAAUGACCCAGAUUGUGAUGGCAUAUUAAGACAAAUAUUAAAAUGAAGAAGUAGAUGUAUUCUUACCAUAUUGGAACCCAUAUAUAUAGCAAGACAGGGUUUCCUUGUAGCGUUGGAGCCUUCCUGAAACUCGAUCUGUAGACCAGGAUGGCCUUGAACUCUAUUUGCCUGUCUCUGCUUCCUGAGUGCUGGCAUUAAAGGUGUGGGCUGUCACCACCUGGCAUGUUUAACACUGCUAAGUGCAGUGUCACUAUACUAUUGUUUGUCUUCAGACAGGGUAACUGGAAAAUACUGUGCUGUUUCCUUCCCUUUUUAAAGUUUGUAAUCUCUCUUGGAGAACAUAGUUCUGAUGGGCAGUGUACUUUAAGAUCCUGAGAAGUCAAUGCAAACCUACCAAGUAAUGGAUGUCUAAAAUGAAUGCAAAAGAACUCAAAAGAAAAAUGUUUGUCAUACGAUAUUUUACUGUUUUUGGAGCACUGAAAGACUUGUCUAAGAAAGAUGCUUUUAAAAUCAGUCAUGUAUUUGGACAAGCUGGAAGAGGAGAUCACUAAAGUGUCUUUUUUACCUUAAGAAUGCACAUUCCCUUCAGAGUCUUACCUGCAAUUCAUCAUGACAUGUUUCUAAAUCAACAAAUAUUUUUCAGUUGUAAUAGUUACAAAGGACAUGAUUUCUACAUACUUAACAUCAAUUUUUAAAACCAAUGUAAAUAGCAAUUUGGUAGUAACAUUUUAAUAAAAAGGAAAAGUUCUUAGAGCUUUUAUAUUAUUCAUUUUAAUCCCUAGAUCUCUUUAUUUUUAACACAAUUUUAAUCUAAUGUAACAUUUUCAUACUUGGUAUGUUACUGAUUGUACUAGCAUAUUAGCUGGUUACAAAAAUUUAAAUAAAUAAAACUUUAAAGUACACAUUGUUAAAAUUAUUGACCACACAUCUGUUACUAAGGACUUUUUUUCUCAGUAAGUUUACAUAUGCUUGGCCGAGAAUUUAUUGGAAUCUGACUUUUCAUUUAUAUAGGCAUAAGUACUGAGAUAGAAAUGGCAAAAAUUUUUGUUUGAACUUGUUAUAUAUUUGAAAGUCAUAGUGACCUAUUAAUAACAAAUUAGUAAAUUAAUUUUUCCUCACUGUGUAUGCUAGGCUAGCAUUUCACUACUGAGCUGCAUCCUUAGUACCUACACUUCCUUGUGUAGUUUUGGAAGUUGAGCACUGAGCAUUUCCUUUUGUGAAAGCUCAGCAUUCCCUAAGAAUCCCAAGUCCUUAGUCUUGAAAUGCGCUUUAUUUACUGUCUGUGGUACGCAAGAGAUUUUGGUCCUUGAAGUAUUUCAUUGCAGUAAAAUUCUACACUGGCUAGGAGAAUGCCUUUUUCUUUUUCUUUUCUGUUAUGUGAUUGUGAAGGGAGGGGUAGGUACAGGAAAUGAGACUAAGCAUGGUUAACUAUUGGCUCCUUUUUUUUCAGGAAAUUAAGCCUUAGAGACUUCACAUGGAAGUUAAUGGUCUACAAGUUCACUAUUCUUAUCCUUGCUUGCCUUCAUUCUGCCCUGAUUGUCUUUAGGUGUCUUGAAGCAUAUGUGUAACCUCACAUAAAUACUACUCAUUUGUAAAAUCACAUUAUGUUGUACUUAGAAAUAUUAAUAGAUUUUCUGAGAGAAUUUUAUAGUUAACUAAAAUUUGAGAUGCUCUAUGAAGGAAAAGUUAUUUUCCUUUUUAACAUCAAAACUUUCUUGAAACUUAAAUGUAAUAAAGUAUGUAAUGAAUUUGCAGCAGGAGAACUGAAAAUGUAUUAUUUGCCAAACUUAUUUGAUCCUGGACUCCUUUAAAAAUGCUUACAUGGUAUACAGCCUGUAGAUGUGUGGUAAGACACAUGAUAGGCGGAGCACACUCCAAGGAAAACACCAUUAUUUACAAUAUAAUAAAGCUACUUUGAAAU